GGAUGGAACCAGCUGCCAGGAGCCCGCCUGUUGACGUUGAGAGCGGACAGCACUCGCCGGCCCCGUCGGCGCCACGGACAAAGGAAGGGCGAAGAAAGCCUUCUCGCCGACAUCCCGGCGGGAGGAGGGCCACCAGCGUUGCAAGGCGUGGCAGCAAGAGGGGGAGUGUGCGGCGCGUGGCGAGACGGCCACUGCGGUUUGUGAUUCAGCACUUGGACUAUGACUUCACACACCAAUGCGGUAUGUAUGUGCGCUGGCGCAGGGAAGAGGGAGCUGUCGCGGGUUUGCAAUGGAAUGUGUAGUUGGUUGGUCGGUGUGUGUCGUGUGCAGGAUGUCGGCCUCGGCAGUGUCGUCAGGUGUGGAUCAUGGUGGGCGGGUUCCUGCCUGCGUCGGUGUGGAUCAUCGCAGCCAUGAUUCUGCACCUUUCCAUCAUCGGCAGAGAGGUCAGCGGCAUUGCUCAUCUGCAUGCACCUGUGGCUGCAUCCUGGUUUCCUGUUUGGUGUCUUCAGAAUGGACAGAAGUGUUUUGCGAUGGCGACGAUAUCACUCAGACCAUUCGGUCAGCAUCGCACUCACACAGCACUCUGUGUCUCUGUCCGCCUUCUCCUCUGUCUGCUGCCCUCAUUGUCAUGCCUGUCUCUCAAAUGUGUGCAGGAGUGCAGAUUGAGUACCACAGUGUGGUUGUGCCCCCUGAUAUGUGCGGCACCCUGGUCUUCUACUCUACUGCCGUCAUCAAGGGCAUCUUCGGCUGUCUCGUGGCGGCCAUCCACUUACUGCUGGCGCUCCUUUGGCUUAUCACCAUCGUCGGCAUACCGUUCCCGAGCACUCAUCUGAAGGUUGGCCCCUCUCUCUCUCUCUCUCUCUCUCUCCCUCCCUGUGUGUGUGUGUGUGUGUGUGCGUCUCUGCCUGAUACGCACCUGUGGGCGCUGUCUGCGUCUCUCUCUAUGCUCUGUGCGUGCAGUUGGCCUUUCUGGUUGUGUGGCCGUUCGACAUAUCGGUGUCUCUAGUGGAAGACGACAGCGAGUACGUCGACCUUACGGAUGAAGACGAGGAGCAGGAGACAGACAACGACCUAGAGGCAGGGGGGCGUAAGCAGCGGGGAGGGGGUCGAGGGGGAGGGGGAAGGUAUGGAGCAGCGACUGGCAGCUGAUGGUGAUGAUGAUGAACGACGUCUGGCCGCGGCUGGUUGUCGACUGAGUAUGCCGCCUGUGUAUGUGUGUUGCUGUACCGUCAAGGAUGGAGGCGCAAGGAUGCGACAGGUGUUUUUUUCUUCCCGUCUGCCGGCUCUUCUCUUUGCAUGCGACCGGCUGAGAAGACAUAUAUGAUGGGAUUCCUCUCCAACUAAUGAGGUCUUUGCCAUUA